AUACGUUGCUCUCUACUGUCACCAUGGACGAUGAAACGGCAGAAAUCGAGCUGCUGGAGCAAAACCUUAAUAAAACGAGGCAAAUAUCGCAAAGAAUGACAACAAUUCUUAACAGCUUCGAUACGCGCCUCGCCAAGCUGGAGAAGUCUAUAUUACCGCUGUAUACGUCUACGCAGAUCCUCAACCGACGUGCAGGCAACAUCGAGAAGGCUUUACUCAAGAUUGAUGAACUGGCGAGCAAUCAGGAGGGCAUUGCAGUUGAGGAGGCGUUGAUUCUCCGUGGACCACAGCCCAACCAGCUCGAUGCAUAUAGGGAUGCAUUGGAACGUCUCAACGCCGCCAUUGCCUUCAAAGGUUCUGAGAGCAGCUCACUGGAAACGGCUCGGUUGGUCGAAACGGGGGCCAAGAAAUUGGCGCAACUCUACACUAAACUCGUUGCGGAAGGCUCAUCGGGUUCUACGCCACCGCCAGGCUCCGAUUUUCCUAUCAAUCCUUUUCCAACAUCGCUGCUGGAGACUCUCGUUCCUUUGGUAGACUUUCUGCGCACGUUGCCGUUGCCUUCGACGCAUCCAUCACACCCUACUUCACCCUCUAUAUUGUCUACACUCAAGGAAGCACAGAAGGGAUAUGCGGACAUGCGUGGCGCGUGGUGUCGCAAAUGUCUAGAAGGUCAGGGCAAGCGAAUGCUGGAUCGUGCCGACACUAUCGAUCCUAUAGCAGCUGGGCUGGAGUUUGGGAAAUGGUCUGAAUCGAUACUUGACGUGGCCGAGGAGGAAUUCAACCUUCUUAAAGAUCUCUCACCGCUUUCGAAUUCGCAGCUCGCAUAUGGCGCUCUCAUGAACCCGAUCCUCGUGCUCUUCAGUAGUACGCUCAAUUCUCUCAUCGGUUUCAUCAAGCGUUCCCUGCACAAGUACAAUUUUCUCGCCCUUUCCUCGUACGAAUAUAUGCUGUCUUUGCAAUCUCGGUGGGACAAGACUAUGGUUCGAAGAGGCACCGAUGCCCGGAAAGAGGCAAACGAGUUUAAAGACGGUUUGCAGAGUCUUCGAAAUGUUUGUCUUCGGAGCUUUCCCGAGUUCCUAGCCGACGUGAAAAUGGCAUCUAUGGGCAAGGGAGGAGAGUUAGGCACUACGCUUGCCGAUUUCGUCGUUUCGACGGUCAAGUACCUGGACCGCUUGCCUGAGGUGCAGAGUGCCGCAGGCGCUGCGUUGGUGACCUUGGGUGAUGGCAACUGGAAAAUGGGCGAAGGUGUCCAGGUGGGAAAGGCCUCGAAACUUGGCGAAGGCGAUGAGCAUGUUAUCCUGGAGCACUAUAUCUAUGAUGUGGUUAAUACAACGAUCAACAGUCUUAAUGUAUUGUCGCGCACACAGAAGCGGGCCGUACUUUCUUCCAUCUUUCUCCUUAACAACAUUGCGUUCCUGCGGAGAAACAUCCUCUUGGAUCCCAAGCACGACGCGUUGAUCGAUAUGCUCUCCAAACCAACGCAAGACGUUAUCAAUUCCAACUUUCGUAUGGCUAAGGCGGCAUAUUUUGAUAGCAACUUUUCUCCGCUUAUGCAGGCACUAAGCGAAGAUCCCAAAGAGAAGGGGAAAGCGGCUACCAAGGAGAGGUUCACGAGGUUCUACGAUAUGUUUGAUGAGGUCAUCGAGCGACACCGGGGCGUGGUGGCUGUUUUGGACGAUGACGAAGAAGGGAGGGCGGAGCUCGGGGAAGAGGUAGUCAAGUUGAUCGUACCUUCAUUAGAAAGGUUUGUGGCAAAACAUAGGGAGAAGGAGUUCAGUAAAAAUCCUCAGAAGUAUAUAAGACUUUCAGUAGAAGAUGUAGAAACGCAGCUACGAUCUAUAUAUCGAUAAUUUCUGAAUGGUAUGUAUUCUUGCGGUGUCUGUGUGUUGAAAGCAGGUUGUGUAGCGCAGCGGGAGAAGCCAGGUCUGGAGUCGAAGGUCAAAAGCUGGGAAGCGUUGACCUUCGAUCUCCAGUAUUGGUAGCUACGAUUAUGUAAGAUAAGAGCGACAUGGAGGGUGUUCUACUUCAACACUCUGUACAGUUCGAUAGAGGUUGCCAUGCAAUGACUGAAAAGGUCGAUAUGUCUGCC